ACUCAAUCCCCCGCUGCAGUUCAACUGCGUUUCCGUAGCCGCUUUGCUACCCGCUGACUCUGAGCACCGAGCGGAGCCCUGGCCGCUGUGGUCGGGGGGUGGGCAGAGAGAAACAGCUCACGAGAACGACCGAUCCCGGUCGAAAUAAACGACGCCAACGCUGGCCACGUCAAUGGCGGAUUAACACUCGUGUGGGGGAAAGGGACCUCGCUGAAUCCAUGUUCGUGACCCGGGGGCUUUUGGGGGAGUGAGCUGGCAACACCCACCGUAACAUGUGAGAUGUGUUCAGGAAGCUAUUUUAACUGUGCGUUAUUCCGGCUAACUAGCUAGCAGCUCCCCUCCCCUCCCUCCCCUCCUCUAUCCGAUUUAUGGUGGCUGGCUCGGCUCUGCGCUUCUGUCAGCCGGACGCGUCCGUAGCGGAGGAACAAUGAAGAAGUUUAACAUCAGGAAGGUGCUGGACGGCUUGACAGCGGCGUCUUCUUCUUCUUCUUCUUCUUCGUCCUCCUCCGCCGCCGCCGCCGCUGCCAGGGAGAACGACGCCGUCCAGGAGACUCUCCAGUCGGAGCAUUUUCAGCUCUGCAAGACUGUGCGUCAUGGUUUCCCAUAUCAACCAUCCUCGAUGGCUUUUGACCCCGUGCAGAAAAUCUUGGCCGUUGGGACUCAGACUGGAGCUUUGAGGCUCUUUGGCCGUGCCGGCGUGGAGUGCUACUGUCAGCAUGAGAGCGGAGCUGCGGUCAUUCAGCUCCAGUUCCUGAUCAACGAGGGGGCGCUGGUGAGUGCCUUAACUGACGACAGCAUCCACCUGUGGAACCUGAGGCAAAAAAUCCCAGCGAUUUUGCAUUCUCUCAAGUUCAACAGGGAGAGAAUCACAUACUGCCACCUGCCCUUCCAGAGCAAAUGGCUUUACAUCGGCACAGAAAGAGGAAACAUCCACAUUGUCAACGUGGAGUCCUUCACCCUCUCAGGCUAUGUCAUCAUGUGGAACAAAGCCAUCGAACUGUCCACCAAGUCACACCCAGGACCCGUCGUGCACAUCAGUGAUAACCCCAUGGAUGAAGGAAAGCUCCUGAUUGGAUAUGAGUGUGGGGUAGUGGUGUUGUGGGAUUUGAAGUCCAAAAAAGCUGACUACCGCUAUAAUUAUGAUGAGGCGAUCCACUCAGUCGCCUGGCACCACGAGGGUAAACAGUUUGUUUGCAGCCACUCAGAUGGCACUCUGACCACAUGGAAUAUACGAGCCCCGGCCAAGCCUGGACAGAUCAUCACACCACAUGGAAAGCAGCCUAAGGAUGGAAAAAAGCCAGAACCGUGCAAACCCAUCCUGAAGGUGGAGUACAAAACAACGAGGGCCGGGGACCCAUUCAUGGUCCUGUCUGGAGGUCUGUCUUAUGACACAGUGGGGAGGAGAGCCUGUCUGACUGUGAUGCACGGGAAGAGCACCACCGUCCUCGAGAUGGACUACCCCAUCGUAGACUUUCUAACGCUGUGUGAAACUCCAUAUCCAAAUGACUUUCAGGAGCCUUAUGCUGUGGUGGUCCUGCUGGAAAAGGAUUUAGUUUUAAUAGACCUUGGACAGAUUGGGUACCCAAUAUUUGAGAAUCCAUAUCCCCUGACUAUCCACGAGUCACCGGUGACCUGCUGUGAGUACUUUGCAGACUGCCCAGCUGAACUUAUUCCUGCACUUUACUCCGUCGGCAGUCGGCAAAAGAGACAAAGUUACAGCAAGAAGGAAUGGCCCGUUAGUGGGGGAAACUGGGGCCAAGGCACACAGAGUUACCCAGAGAUCAUAAUCACAGGACAUGCCGAUGGGUCGGUCAAAUUUUGGGACGCUUCAGCACUAAUGCUUCAAGUGCUGUACAAGCUGAAGACUGCCAAGGUGUUCGAGAGGGCUCGUGGUAAGGAAGAGAAGCCGAGCACAGAUAUAGUAGAGGAGGACCCGUUCGCCAUCCAGACCUUGUCCUGGUGCCCCGAGAGCAGGAUGCUCUGUGUGGCCGGCGUGUCAGCCCACGUUAUCGUCUACAGGUUCAGCAAGCAAGAAGUCACCACUGAAGUCGUGCCGCUCCUGGAGGUGCGGAUGCAGUGUGAGUUCAGCGACGUGGACUCUCCUGAUCCAGGGGGGGAUCAGACUCCCACCCUACCAACCCCAGGAGCGUCCUCCAGCCCUCAGGAGACUGAACCUCCCUCUCAGCCAUCCACGGGCAGCAUCUCCUCUGAUGGACCCUGGGACAAUAUACCGUGCCUUCAGGUGCGGAGCUCCCCGCUGAAGCAGUCGCCAGGCUACCAGGUGGAGCUGGUGAUCCAGCUGGUGUGGGUGAGCGGGGAGCCACCUCAGCAGAUCACCAGCCUGGCUAUCAACUCCUCCUAUGGCCUUGUGGUGUUCGGAAACAGCAACGGCCUGGCAGUGGUGGACUACCUGCAGAAAACUCUGCUCCUCAACAUGGGCACAUCAGAUCUGUACAGCCCAUCUGACCCCUACCAGAGGCAGCCUCAUUCCCCACGCAAAGCACGACAGCCCUCUGGAGCCCUUUGCGAUUCCAACGAUGCGUCUAACACCUUGGAGGACCGCUGCAAAUCACCUACUUCAGGAUCUACCUCGCCCUGCAAUUCAGACGAUGAACGAAAACAGAAUUUCAUUGAGAAGGUGAAGUUCAAAAGCAGACGCUUUUCCAAGACGGUUGCCAAUGACUUUGCCAAGAUGUCACGGAAAAUUAGCUCGUCUAGUGGGCAAAAGACAGACCUGGAGAAGGGGUUCCAACGAUGGCGCUCUCUCAGAUGUAAAGAGAGCCCUUAUUGUAUGCACAGAGACAAGGCAGCGCCCGGGAUGAGCCGGAAGGCGGGCGUAUGUAGAACUAAGUCAGCCCCCAACUCCUAUGCCAAGGACAACUCCUUCACCCGCUCACGUAGUUCAAGCGUAACCAGCAUAGAGAAGGAAUCUCGAGAGGCCAUCUCCUCCAUUCACUUCUGUGAGAGUUUCGCCAGGAAGACGGACAGUCUGGUCAGCCCCUGCGUGCUGGUUGGAACCACCCAGGGCUCUGUGUUGAUGGUGGCAAUCAGCCUGCCGCCCGGCGGGGACCAGCGGCUGCAGCAGCCGGUCGGCAUCUCAUCCUGUGGAACUCUAGUCAGACUCAAAGGAGGCAUUUUGACGAUGGCCCUGCUGGACUCCGCCGCGACUCUGCUGCCCCCUUCCUAUGAGCCGUGGUAUGACCCCAACGCCUCCGAUGAAGAGAAAGAGAAGAGCCGGAGGCGCCGGCCAGCCUCCCCUCCCUCGUCUCAGGAGGGUCAAGACUCCCAGUUCGCCGUGCUCUGUUCGGAGAAACAGGCCAAGGUGGUGGCGAUGCCCUCUCAGACCCGCAUCUACAAACACAGCAUCACAGAGACCUCCUUCGUGCUGAGGGCUGACGUCGUGCAGAUGGCCGGCGCCAACUGCAUCGCCUGUUUCUGUGCCAACGGGCACAUCAUGACUCUAAGUUUACCCAGUCUGCGGCCUCUGUUGGAUGUGAACUACCUGCCGCUGACAGACAUGCGGAUAGCCAGAACGUUCUGCUUCUCUAACCAAGGCCAAGCCCUGUACCUCACCUCUCCCACGGAGAUCCAGAGGAUCACGUACAGCCAGGACACCUGCGACAACCUGCAGGAAAUGCUCAGCGAGUUAUUUACCCCCGUGGAGACACCGGAGGCUCCGAACAGAGGUUUUUUCAAAGGCCUUUUUGGUGGAGGAGCUCAGUCUCUGGACAGGGAGGACCUCUUUGGUGAAACAGCUGCUGGUAAAGCCUCCCGCAGCCUGGCACAGCACAUCCCUGGCCCAGGCGGCAUGGAGGGUAUGAAGGGUGCAGCGUCGGGGGUCGUGGGGGAGCUGGCCCGCGCCCGGAUAGCUCUGGAUGAGAGGGGGCAGAAACUGGGCGAGCUGGAGGAGAGAACGGCAGCCAUGAUGUCAAGCGCAGAUUCGUUCUCCAAACACGCCCAUGAUAUGAUGCUGAAGUACAAAGAUAAGAAGUGGUACCAGCUCUGAUGGCAGCGCGUGGAGCGUCGGACUCUGAUCGCGCACACCAGUAUCUCUGAGGAGCUGCAGGUCCCCCUUCUUCUCGUCUCCGUUUGUUGUCCACGGGCCCGGGGUUCUGCUCAACAGACUCAUGCUUCUAUUCUCAGCACAAUAUUAUAAUACACACCCUGCAUUACCUCAGUCACCGGACGACCGCUGAGGAGGAGACACUGGUCCACCCUGCGUUUUGAGAAUAGGGAAAAAGAAAUGGAAGAAGCGACGCUCUUAGGAAUCCCUCUUUCCAUUUCACCAGAAAGCGCUGACGCUCAGCGGACAUCAGUCCGCAGAACCGGAGAGAGCGAGAGGACCUUUCAUAUCCUUCAGCCAUGCACUCGUAUAUAUCUCACAUACAGUAUAUAUCUACACACCCUGCAGUUUUGUUCUGGAAGAGGAAAGACAAUUCUGCAAAACAUGUACUUGUUGUGGCCUGAUUGCAAUGGUUCUUUUUUUUUUUCUUUUUCUUUUCCCUUUCUCUGCCCUUUAUGGUGUCUGCCAAACAAGAGGAGAAAAGUCUGAUGACCCCGUGUACUUCAAAUCUAAUCAAGUCAAUGAAGUUGUAUGUGUCUGUAGGAUUGAUUGUAUCAGUGAAGGACUCGUGUCGGUUUCUUUUUCCUUCUCUAGAUUAUUUUAGAGUUUGACCUCUGUCCAUUUGUACUCAGUCUGUGUUUGUCACGUUUGUCCAGAAAAAGGGCCUUUCAAGCCCUUAGAACCGUGAAAAGAAAAAAAAAAAAAAUGGGACAUGCAGAUGAUGGAUAUAUCGCCUCUCACAGAGUCAGGGCUGGUGGGCUGGUAGGACACUAGUUCCUCUUAAGAGCAUUUUCCAGGUUGUCUUAGGUGAGAAGGAUAACAAUUUAUUUUAAAUUCAAGUAUUUAUUGGAAUAGGUAGGUAGGAAUUGAACGAGUUUUUAUGUUGGGCAUUAAAUUGUAAUUUUUUUUCUUUUCCUUUGUCAAUUAAAUGAGCAAAAAAAAGUGCUGAAAGUGUUUACCCCAGACGAAGAGUUUACAUUGAUCUAUCAGAAAAAUGAAGAGUUAAUACACUGGAAAACUCCCGGAGGUCUUUAUAUACUUUCACGGAGCUGUUGCUAAGUCACGUAUGAGAGGACGAAGAUUGUCCUUGAUGUAAUUAACAUAAAAUGUAUAUUUUGGUUACAAUUUUAAGUUUGUUGUGAUAAAAAGAUUUUAUCUAUUCAUGAUUAUUCAA